GAGGCGGGACUUGCUAAAGCAUUGUUUACGUCUGUCGUGAAAGUAGGUCACAGGAAAGUGUGACAGUUAGCUGGUGCCUAGUGGACAGAAUCCGAUUCCCUUCACAGAUACAUACAUUAGAGUGUCAUAAUAAAAUCUUUAGGUAUACGGGACUCCAACGAUCGCGGUGGUACCCCCAAAAGACAGGUGCAGUGGCUCCUGGUUGGCAUGUCAAGGCGGAGCAGAAACAGCAGGGCGUGGAGGUACGUGUGGAGUGGAAUCCGACGGGAUGCAGAUGCGAGAGCGCUGGUGCUCGCCUCCGAGAGUGACGAGUGGAGUUAUGAUCGCCAGCAGUACAGUGACUCUGAUUCCGAAGCCGAGUAUCCAUCCAUUGUGCCGGCGGUUCCGAGUGCAGUGCCUGUAACGGGAGAGUCAUACUGCAGCUGUGAUUCACAGAUGGAGCUCAGCUGUAACCCACGGCUCCGGGGUUACACGCACUUGCGAGACUGCCACUGUGGAGAAGACGACCAAGAUUUUGACUGGGUGUGGGAUGAGGGCAGCCGGUCGUCUGCAACGCUGCUGAGCUGUGAGAAUAGGAAAGUGAGCUUCCACUCAGAAUAUAGCUGUGGAACGGCAGCCAUUCGCGGCUCCAAAGAACUCUCGGAGGGACAACACUUCUGGGAGAUUAAAAUGACUUCCCCUGUCUAUGGCACAGACAUGAUGGUUGGUAUUGGCACAUCAGAUGUGAAUCUGGACAAAUACAGACACACAUUCUGUAGCCUGCUAGGGAAAGAUGAAGACAGCUGGGGUCUGUCAUAUACAGGUCUGUUACAUCACAACGGUGAUAAAGUGAGCUUUUCGUCACGAUUCGGGCAGGGAUCCAUUAUUGGCGUUCACUUGGACACCUGGCACGGCACUCUCACUUUCUACAAAAAUCGCAAGUGCAUCGGUGUAGCAGCUACAGAGAUGAAGAAUAAACGUGUUUUUCCAAUGGCGUGUUCCACCGCGGCCAAAAGCAGCAUGAAGGUGAUUCGCUCCGUCUCUGCUCCCACCUCUCUACAGUACCUUUGUUGCUCACGACUCCGCAAGCUGCUCCCAUCUGGAGUCGAUGCCCUUCGAGUCCUGCCCCUGCCGCCCGGCCUCAGACACCUUCUUCACUCCAAACUGGGAUGGGUGCUAAGUCUGGAUCAUACGCACAUGCACUCGAACACACACACCCCGCCAGGACCCUCCUCGGGCAGUGACUCUGAGGGCUGCUCCUCUGACCCGGAGGCCUGCCAGCGGAAACGUUGCCGCUGGACCUGAGGCCACGUGUGCCGUGCGCGCAUCCACUCAGCUUGUCAUUAUGCACACAUCAGAAAAUGUCUCCACAAAUAAAGAAGAAUCGACAUGUAUAAACACUGGACGUGUGCUGUCAAUCACAACGGUGGAUAACAGAGCUUGCUAAAUAACUUUGAAAAGAAUUCAAGGUCAGUCAAGCCUGUUUUACUAGUUUUGUCGCUAAAUAUUCAUCUAUCAUUCAAGGCUCUAAAGGUAGUUACAGUAUUCAUAGUCAGUUUUUAUUCUGUUGUGAACUCCCAGUGGAAUGAAGACCAUUAGCUCUUCAGACAAAAAGCAAGAUAUGAACCUCAUAAACCUGUUUUGAUGUGGGGAACAAUAACGUGCAACCAUAUGAAACACAGGCAAACACUCAAACUGUUUCCAUGCACAAAGAACACAAACCAUACAAUACUGUAAGUUUCUUCAUUACUGGUGUCCCUUGGAGGCAGGAGACGUUACCUGAUCUUCUCUUCAGUAAUGCAUAUUCACAUGUCAUUCUCCAUUACAGGCCAGCCAAACAUCUUGGCACUUCAGAGUGCCAAGGUCUGUUCCCUCUUUGUUUAAACAACCAUUGUAUGUUUUUACUCUAUUCUUAUUUUAUCAAACUUGGACUUACCAACAGACAGUAAGUGACAACAGUGACGUCAUGAUGAAUAUUGUCUGCAUAAAUGUGUUUUAAAUACCAUUACAUUGAAAUGGUAAGGAAAAUGCUUGUGUAUUUUGACAGUUUUUGUCUCUAGGAAUUACUUUGGGCCCUAGUUAUUACUCAAAGUGUGUGUGUAUGUGUAUCUGAACAGUAUUUCCAGAGGAAUUCAGUUUCCCUGAAAAUACCUUGAUGCAGUUGUCAAACUGACUGAUGCUAACAGAAGUAGAGGUUGAUUCAGUUUUCAAUCUGUGCAACAUCUCUACAUGAGGUUCAUAUUGAAUUCAUAUGGGGUUUAUAUUGCAGGUUUUGUAAGUCAUUGUUUAAAAAAAAAAAAGCAAAUCAUGUUUUUGUUAUGCAUAAAGCACUUUUUGCGCUUAUUGUAUGUAUAGAUAUAUAUACAGGUCCCUAUACUGUCUUCUGCACGUAUUGUAUGUCAUAAGCGCUCUCUUUCUCUCAUUCUCUAUUCUCUUCUCUCUUCAUUUUCUUACUACUUCUACAACCUUCCUUAAGCAUGGCCUUUUAUAUGAGUCAAGAAAAAAAAAAUAAGGAAAAUUAUAUAUGCAUUAAAAUAGGGGCUGAAUAUGUUUUUGUUUGUUCUUUUUGAGAUCUUAAUAAAGGUUUCCAAAAAUCAA